UACCACUACAUGCAACUUUCAGAUACUUAAAGCAAGCAGUGUAUUUAGUAGCGUCGUAAAAUAAUUUCAUAAAAAACAUAGUCGUUGCCCCAUCACUCAUCAGAUCUAACAUGAAAAUGGAGACGAGUAAUACCUUUUGGUACCAAUUUCUUCUAGCGUCAAUCUUUUUAUACAAUUCCUGCUUAGGGUUAGAAUAUCCCAAUAUUCGGAGGGAUGACUCUGUCCGGGACAAUUAUCACGGAGUCGAGAUUGGAGACCCGUACCGUUGGUUAGAAGAACUUGAAACGGACGCCACAAAGGAAUUCGUUUCGAAGCAGAAUGCCAUAUCGAAAGAAUUUCUGACCUCACUACCAGAUCGGGACAAGAUUAAGGAGCAGUUGACCACACUCGCAAAUUACGAACGGUUUGGCGUCCCCCGAAAAGCGAGUGGGGGCUACUGCCAUUUUUACAAUAGUGGAUUGCAAGGACACGACGUCCUCGUAAAAUUGUCAGAUUUGUCGGAUAACACAACCGGAAGUGUGAUUCUAGACCCCAACGAGUUGUCAGAGGAUGGCUCAAUCUCAAUUUAUCCGUAUUAUGAAAGCAUCUCACCGGACGGGACAAAGUUUGUUUAUCCCCUCGCCACAAAAGGGUCAGACUGGUUGGAAGGGCAUGUCGUUGACGUCACCACUGGGGAAGUAUUGCCAGAUGAGAUCAGGUUCACAAAGUGGCCCGAAUUCGCCUUCAGCGGAAAUAGUGAUGGUUUCUUUUACGCGCGAUUCCCAUUAGGAGACGAUGGAAACCCGAUAACAACAAAUUCACAAAUUUAUUACCACAUGCUUGGAACGAUGCAGGAGGAUGACUUUUUCAUAUUUCAGAAUGUGGAAUAUCCAGAGUGGUUCCUUAAAGCGGAAGUAUCACAUACUGGUGACACUUUGAUACUGACACCACAACCAGAUUUUAAAUCAAAUUCGAUAGUUGUUGCAAAUCUGGCCAAUUUAAAUCCCAUUGGAAAUUAUUCAGAUAUCUCGUUCAUAAAUGUCUUCUCAGCUUUGGACGAUGUGGCGAGAUUUAUUUACGUCACAAGCAGUGAGAAUAAUUUCAUAUUUUUGAGCGAUAAAGCUGCACCGAACUUCCAACUUAUCCAAGUUCAUAUUAACUUCGAGACGGGAGAUGUGACAAACAGCACGGUUUUGGUGGGCGAACAUUCUACCCGGGUUUUGAAGUGGGUCAGUCCCGUUGGAAGCGACUUUUUGCUCCUCUGUUACUUUGAAGAUGUGCAGCACAAACUCGAAAUACGUCACAUUUCGGAUGGGUCACUCCUUCAAGAAAUCCAGUUUCCAUUUCCUGGCGUCAUCAGCGACAACCAUGUGACCGCUGAAGACACGGAAUUUUUCUUUCGACUUGAAAACCUAGUCCAGCCAGGAGUAGUGUUCCGGUGUUACUGUAUUUCUCCUUCGGCUUGCCUUGAAUUUAAAUGCGACACUUGGAAAUCUAUGACCUUGGGAAACGUCAACAUGUCAAACUUUUUGAUGGAGCAAGUUUUCUACCCGAGUAAGGAUGGGACCUUGAUUCCAAUGUUUAUCGGUCAUUCGAAGGACAUUGUAAUGAAUAGUGAUAAUCCGACCUUACUUUUCGGAUAUGGAGGGUUUAAUGCGGACGUUCUCCCAACUUUCUCAGCCUUGACGUUUACUUUUGUUCACUAUUUUAAUGGAGUUUAUGCAUCUGCAAAUAUUCGGGGUGGAGCAGAAUAUGGAGAGCGUUGGCAUCAGGGUGGAUCACUGCUAAAUAAACAAAAUUCUUUCGACGAUUUCCAACAUGCUGCAAUGUAUCUGACAGAACGAAAUUUCACGCGACCAGCAAAGUUGGCAAUUCAAGGUUCGUCGAACGGUGGCCUGUUGGUGGCGACGUGUCUCAAUCAAAGACCAGAUUUGUUCGGUGUAGGACUUCCGGAUGUGGGUUUGAUGGACAUGUUGCGAUUUCACUUGUCGGCAAUCGGAUUUGCCUGGUGUUCCGAGUAUGGAUGUUCAGAUAACGAAACCCACUUUCGAAAUCUUAUUACAUAUUCCCCAAUUCAUAAUAUUGGCCUUAACAACAAUUCUCAACAAUUUCCAUCCGUCUUGGUCACCACGGCAGAUCAUGACGACAGAGUUUUACCGUGGAAUAGCUACAAGUACGUGGCGGAAUUGCAACAUUCCAUCGGAAGUAGUCCGAUGCAGGUAAAUCCAAUCAUACUGCGAGUUUCUGCAAAUGCAGGUCAUAGCGAUGAAGGGACACCUCUGCCACAAAAGAUUGAGGACUACUCAGAUUCAUACGCGUUCAUAUCGUACCAUCUUCAACAGCAAGACGUUUCGUCUGGAUCUGAGAUUGCAAAGACAGUAUUUUUGGUGUACAUACCAAUAAUUUUCUUAACUUUUCUUCAUGUGUAAGUUAAAUUAAAAAAUUUGUUGGUUUAAUUCAUUAUAUUAUCAAUCGAACAUAAAUAAAAUAUUUCAAGCCGCUGUUGUUAUUGAUAAAACUCGUCUCGGCCUUAAUAAUAUGGAAAUGAUUUACAGGAUUAAAAUCGAUACUAUCAAGAC